UGGCCACGCGCCGCGGGCGGUCGGGCAGCGCGAGCUCGGCCGUUGGCGCCUUUCCCCGCUCCGCGGCCGUUGCAAGGCGGGGACGGGCGGCGGCCGUUGAACGUUAGCCGGGGGGGGGGGGGAUCCUCAUGGCCGCGUCGGACCGCGUGGCGCUGGGGCCGCUGGUGGGCUCCAUCGAUCAGGGCACCAGCUCCAGCCGCUUCCUGGUGUUUAACGCAAAAACAGCAGAGCUCUUGAGUCACCAUCAGGUUGAGAUACAGCAGAAAUUCCCUAAAGAAGGAUGGGUGGAACAAGAUCCAAAGGAAAUCUUAAAGUCAGUCUAUGAAUGUGUGGAAAGAACCUGUGAGAAACUGCAACAACUGAACAUAGACAUCACUAACAUAAAAGCCAUUGGAGUCAGCAAUCAGAGGGAAACAACAGUGGUUUGGGACAAGAUCACUGGAGAACCUCUUUAUAACGCAAUUGUGUGGCUUGACCUGAGAACCCAGUCAACAGUUGAAAGGCUUCUUAAAAGAAUUCCAGGAAACAACAAAUCCUUUUUUAAGUUUAGGACUGGUCUUCCACUUAGCACUUACUUUAGUGCAGUGAAACUUCGGUGGCUUUUGGAUAAUGUAGAAGAGAUUAGGCAAGCAGUUGAUAAUGGAAGAGCAAUGUUUGGGACUAUUGAUUCAUGGCUUAUAUGGUGUUUGACAGGUGGGAAGAAUGGAGGUGUUCACUGUACAGAUGUAACCAAUGCCAGUAGAACGAUGUUGUUCAACAUUCAUUCCUUGGAUUGGGAUCCUGAGCUCUGCCAGUUCUUUGAUAUUCCUAUGGAAAUACUUCCAAAAGUACGAAGCUCAUCUGAGAUUUAUGGCCUGAUGAAAUCUGGAGCUUUGACAGGUGUACCAAUUUCUGGGUGCUUGGGUGACCAGUCUGCGGCUCUUGUUGGGCAAAUGUGUUUUCAAAAUGGGCAGGCAAAAAACACGUAUGGAACAGGAUGUUUCUUGCUGUGCAAUACAGGUCAGAAGUCUGUGUUUUCUGAGCAUGGUCUUCUAACCACAAUAGCUUACAAACUGGGCAGAGACAAACCUGUUUGUUAUGCACUAGAAGGAUCUGUUGCAAUAGCUGGUGCCGUUGUUCGUUGGCUGAGGGACAAUCUAGGUAUCGUUAAGACUUCACAGGAAAUAGAAAAACUGGCUGCAGAAGCGGGGACUUCCUAUGGCUGCUACUUUGUGCCAGCAUUUUCAGGACUGUAUGCACCAUACUGGGAACCCAGUGCAAGGGGUAUUAUCUGUGGCCUUACUCAGUUUACAAAUAAAAAACACAUCGCCUUUGCUGCACUAGAAGCUGUCUGCUUUCAAACACGAGAGAUUUUAGAUGCGAUGAACAAGGACUGUGGGAUACCACUAAGUCAGUUGCAAGUAGAUGGAGGAAUGACCAAUAACAAAGUUCUCAUGCAACUCCAAUCAGACAUUCUCUGUAUUCCAGUAGUAAAGCCAUCAAUGCCUGAAACAACCGCUCUAGGAGCUGCUAUGGCAGCAGGAGCUGCAGAAGGAGUUGGAAUUUGGAGUCUGAAUCCUGGAGAUUUGACAGCAGUGACAUGUGAACGAUUUGAACCACAGAUCAACCCAGAGGAAAGUGAAUAUCGCUAUGCCAGAUGGAAGAAAGCUGUGAUGAAAUCUAUGGGCUGGGAGACAUCUGAAGCUCCUUCAAACGGUGACACUAGUAUCUUCUGUAGUCUGCCCUUGGGUUUUUUUAUUAUGAGUAGCAUGGUAAUGUUAAUCGGAGCAAAGUACGUCUCAGUCAUCAGUAUAGUAAGUUUGAGGAUUGAAUCUACAGAGGAUUGAAUUCAUCCUUCAUGUGCUGAAACAGCAGUAACGAUAAAUGAGACUACAUAAUGGACUCUCUGGACACAGCUGACUUUUGUUUGUUUGUUUCAUUUUGUUUUACUGUUUGAAUAGAUUCCACCACCAGUGUGAUGAUA